AUCAGUGGCAGCUCUUCUUCAUUUCAGCUUUAAUGUUGCAUUAAUCACAUUUGCCUGGUGGCAUUCUGGUGGCCCAGCUGUCCAGCCCCACUGUGCCCCGCAGCAGACAGAGCAGGGCUCAGCAGCCCUUCGAAAGGGGGUGGGCUGGCAUCCACCCUACCAAGAUGGACAUGGGUUUUCACCAGUCAUCUCCAAAAAUGUGGUAGCAGAGUAGCUGGGCUCUUGAGAGAGAGCCCUCAGGAGCAGAGCAGGGCUCUGAGUUGGCACAGUGUGACAAGCCAGGCCAGAGCAGGGUUUCUGCAGGGGCAGGAGGUUCUGCUUGACUCGCCAACUUGGCCAAAAGCAAACCUGGUUUGUGCAAAUCCCUCCCUUUCAUAACCCAGUUGCUGCUGCACUUGAGAUGGGUGAGGAUUGCUUGCUCUGACUGCAGAGAUGAGCAUCCUGGACAGAAAAGCAAACAAGCCACACCCAAUCACCUAAAUUCAGCUUUGUAAUUAAAAAGGGAAGACAGAGCAGGCAACAAUUCGCAUGGCUACACCAGCAGGCUGGGACAGCAGUGCCUGGUGCCAUGCCCCAGGGACUGGCUGCAUUGGUGUGGUGCUGAGUGCGCACAGCUGGGUUUUCCCAGCAGGAUUUCCAGGGAAACAUGGGAGAGAGAGGAGCUGGAAAAUCCAUGGUCCCUGCUCCUGCACCUCCCAAAAUAAAUUUGUCUUGUCUAGGACCAGCUGAAACUGUUUCCUACUAUUGUUAAGGUAAUUGCCUGCAGGAGGGGAGGGAGCCCAAAGCCUGGAUGGAGCCAAGAGAGUGCAUCAGCAUCCAUGCUGGGAUGCAGACAGUACUUCCUUUGCCCUGCCCAGGACCUGCUAUGAUUGGAAGGACAGCCACAGGACUGGCAGCCAUCAGUUCCCCUGUUGCCAUGCUAUGACAUCACUGAAGACCUAAGAACCAGUGUGGGCUGGCAGGGCUGUGACACCAACGCUCCUUUCCUGUGUGGGCUGGGAUCCUCCAGCCCCAGGCAGUGCCACUGACCGGGGCACCCCUGGGACCCUCCAGAACACCAAGCACUCCUGUCCCAGCGGGCCGAAGCACCAUGUUCCUCUUCUCAAGAAAGUACAAGACCCCCAUCAGCACUUACACUGACCACUACCGCCCACCAUGCACCGUGAGGAAAACCAUCAACGACCGUGUCUAUUACAAGCUCUGGGACACAAACAAGUUUGUGACAAAGGGAUUAACAUUGAGCCGACAGGAAAACAUGACGACCCAAGGUGAGCCUGAGAAGUACUACCAGCAUGCCAACGACUCCGCUUCCCACUGGCCUGAGAAGUACUGUCUGACCAGGACUGAAGAGAAGUACAACCCAGUUGUUGUCAACGAGGACAAACAAAUCACCUGGAAAACAGGUCCAUACCACAGCACAACCUGGAAUAAGCAGACCUCUUACGUCAACCUGCAGCCCAAGGAGACAAGGGUGGAGACCUUCCUGCACGGUGUACCUGUGCCAUGCCCCUCGAAACACGUCUGCCUCGAUCGAUUUGAGAGGGAGGUGAUCACUGAAACAAUGCCUGUGGGCGCUGCAGUAAAGAAAGGACCCUUCCAGGGCCACUACAGUCUCUGCUCUGCACACCACUACUGCCCGCAAGGGAUGGAGUGCUACGUUGAUGGGAUUCCUGUCAUCAGAGGGCAUUUCCACACACCAGGAGAGAGGGCUGAGCAUUCAGUGCUGCAGAUACAGCCCCACAGCAAUCUUGUGUACCUCUACACGCCAACCCUAUCCACCUUCCACGUACACGAGCCCUAGGUGGGACUCAAGUAACUUCAGGAGUCAAGAGAAGCGGUUAUAUCAUCAACCCGGAGUUUAUAUCAGCGGCCCUCUCUGACCCCUAGCACUGAUGAAGAACAAAGAUGAGCUUUCAUUAAAACUAGCUCGAGUAACCAUUCCUCUCAAACCCUUUCCUACAGGCUACGGAAGUCCCCUGGGGGGUGGGGAUAAACUUUAGGGACUGCUGGCCUGGUGGGCACAUGAACAGCCCUCAGGGGCUGCCACUAUCCACCAGCUGGAGAACAAGAAAUCACGUAAGGAAAAGCUCUCAGAUCAUAGUAACAGAGCCAGAAAUAGAAGCAGACGCUGAUAUCCACAUUCAUCAGCUUCGUGCUGGGCCGCUUAGGACGUGCUUGCCUUUGCCAAGUUAUCCAGGAAGAGCUGCCAUCCAUCUGGGAUGCCGAGCACGGACACGGGCUAAAUAAGGAGGGGGAUUUGAAAGCGGUGGAUAAUUGAUGAAGGCAUGAAAUGCCCUUUACUGACUAAGACCUGGGAGCACAGCAAUCAGCAGGGAACGCCACCCAGAGCCUUCCACGUGGGCUGUGGAACACAAUGCUGUGGUCCCCACGGGAGGAAUGCUCCAGUACGGAGCCAUAUGGGGCUUGUGGGGCAGCACCCAAACCCCACUUAGGGCAGGAAAAAAAUACAUCCCCACCCAAAAGCAUCCCAGCACAGCCCCAUCAGUGCCAAACCCCAAGUGCCCCCAAGGGUACCCGACACCUCCAAGUGCUCCCGGGCAUCCCCAGCGCCCGGAGCGGCCCCGCUGGCUGCAGGCGAGGGAUUGAUGAGGGAAAGCAGACAAGGGGGGUCAGAAGUGUGCAUUAGAGCUUGGCGUUGUUCACCUUGAAGACCUUGGAAGUUGAUUAGGAAGGCGCCAGCGAGCAGCAGUUCACUGAUAAGUGGGCAUUGGAAUGCAGAAAGCUGCUGCAUUUGGUUCAGGAGUUUGAAAACAGCCAGAGGAGACUGAGUCUGCGCAAAGUUCAAAGAGAAAAAUAUUCAUCCCGAGGAAGACUUCCUACUUCAUCCCUAAGACCCCGGCCCACGACCAUAAGGAGGCACUACGCAGGCACAAGGCUGGAGCGAACUUUCCAGAAGUAAUUAUAAUACCAAGCAGGGAAAGGGUGUGAAUAUGUAGUAGGCGCUUAUACCUAUGCAUGUCUUUACACUAUAAGUAGCUGCUUGU